CGAAGCCUUUACGCGGAAGUCACGUGACCGAACCCCGAAGCCCUCCUGUAGAUCCCGCGGGAUGUGACGUCGAGCGGAGGGAGAUCUCGCGGGAUCCGGCGGGAGGACAAGUUCAGGGAACAUGGCGACGUCUCAUCUGUUAAAGAAUAAAGGUUCCCUUCAGUUUGAGGACAAAUGGGAUUUCAUGAGACCUAUAGUUCUGAAGCUAUUACGCCAGGAGUCUGUCACAAAGCAGCAGUGGUUUGAUCUGUUCUCGGAUGUGCACGCAGUAUGCCUAUGGGAUGAUAAAGGUCCAGCGAAAAUUCACCAGGCUUUAAAGGAAGAUAUUUUAGAUUUUAUCAAGCAAGCUCAAGCAAGAGUACUGAGUCACCAGGAUGACACUGCAUUACUUAAAGCAUACAUUGUAGAAUGGCGCAAGUUCUUCACCCAGUGCGACAUCUUACCCAAGCCCUUUUGUCAACUAGAAAUUACUUUAAUGGGUAAACAAGGAAGCAACAAGAAAUCCAAUGUGGAAGACAGUAUUGUUAGAAAGCUAAUGCUGGACACCUGGAAUGAAUCUAUAUUUUCCAACAUUAAAAAUCGGCUUCAGGAUAGUGCAAUGAAGCUGGUCCAUGCUGAGAGAUUAGGGGAAGCAUUUGACUCCCAACUAGUCAUUGGGGUCAGAGAAUCCUAUGUUAACCUUUGCUCAAAUCCAGAAGACAAACUCCAGAUCUAUCGGGAUAAUUUUGAAAAAGCUUACUUGGACUCAACAGAGAGGUUUUACCGGACCCAAGCCCCCUCCUACCUGCAGCAAAACGGUGUACAGAACUACAUGAAAUAUGCAGAUGCUAAACUUAAGGAAGAGGAGAAAAGAGCAGUUCGGUACCUUGAGACAAGGCGGGAGUGUAACUCUGUGCAGGCCCUGAUGGAGUGUUGUGUGAACGCUCUCGUAACUUCCUUCAAGGAGACUAUUUUAGCUGAGUGCCAAGGAAUGAUCAAGCGCAAUGAAACAGAAAAACUGCAUUUAAUGUUUUCCCUGAUGGAUAAAGUUCCUAAUGGAAUUGAGCCAAUGUUAAAAGAUUUGGAAGAACACAUUGUGAGUGCUGGAUUAGCGGACAUGGUAGCAGCUGCAGAAACCAUUACUACUGAUUCAGAGAAAUACGUAGAACAAUUACUGACGUUGUUUAAUCGAUUUAGCAAAUUAGUUAAAGAAGCUUUUCAAGAUGAUCCAAGGUUUCUUACUGCUCGGGACAAGGCAUAUAAAGCUGUUGUGAAUGACGCUACAAUAUUUAAGCUGGAGCUGCCACUUAAGCAAAAAGGGGUGGGAUUGAAAACACAGCCAGAAUCAAAGUGUCCUGAGUUACUUGCAAAUUACUGUGAUAUGUUGUUACGGAAAACACCUCUGAGCAAAAAGCUGACUUCUGAAGAAAUUGAGGCAAAGCUCAAGGAAGUGCUGCUGGUCCUGAAGUAUGUUCAGAACAAAGAUGUCUUCAUGAGAUACCACAAAGCUCACCUUACCAGACGUCUCAUCCUGGACAUAUCGGCUGAUAGUGAAAUUGAAGAGAACAUGGUUGAAUGGCUCAGGGAAGUAGGUAUGCCUGCGGAUUAUGUCAACAAACUGGCUAGAAUGUUCCAAGACAUUAAAGUUUCUGAAGAUUUAAAUCAAGCUUUUAAGGAAAUGCAUAAAAAUAAUAAAUUAGCUCUUCCAGCUGAUUCUGUGAAUAUUAAAAUUUUAAAUGCCGGAGCUUGGUCAAGAAGCUCUGAAAAAGUAUUUGUGUCCUUGCCCACCGAAUUGGAAGACCUUAUCCCUGAAGUAGAGGAAUUCUAUAAGAAAAACCACAGUGGUAGAAAACUGCACUGGCACCAUUUGAUGUCUAAUGGCAUUAUAACAUUUAAGAAUGAGGUAGGUCAGUAUGACCUGGAGGUGACCACAUUUCAGCUUGCGGUUUUGUUUGCCUGGAAUCAAAGACCUAAAGAAAAAAUAAGUUUUGAAAAUCUUAAAUUGGCAACGGAAUUACCUGAUGCAGAAUUAAGGAGGACCUUGUGGUCACUAGUUGCUUUCCCAAAGUUAAAAAGACAAGUUUUAUCAUAUGAACCACAAGUUAACUCUCCUAAAGACUUCACUGAAGGUACCUUGUUUUCUGUGAACCAGGAGUUCAGCUUAAUAAAAAAUGGCAAAGUUCAGAAACGAGGAAAGAUCAACCUAAUUGGCCGCUUACAGCUGACCACAGAAAGGAUGAGGGAGGAAGAAAAUGAAGGCAUCGUGCAACUGCGAAUACUGAGGACACAGGAGGCAAUUAUUCAGAUCAUGAAGAUGAGGAAGAAAAUUACUAAUGCCCAGCUCCAGACAGAACUUGUAGAAAUUUUGAAAAAUAUGUUUUUGCCACAGAAAAAAAUGAUAAAAGAACAAAUUGAAUGGCUUAUAGAACACAAGUACAUCCGAAGAGACGAGUCCGAUAUCAACACCUUUAUAUACAUGGCAUAAUCUAUGGAGCCUGCCUAACAUAUCUGGUUGACGUGAGUGCUGGAGCAGGCCAACUCGAAUAUUUAUGCUAGAAGCAAACUCACUGCGGACCUUUGUACUGCAUAAAUAUUACAGUCCCCCUGCCUUACCUUACUAAAGGACGAAAAUAUAUUGCCAAUGUCAUUCUGCCAGCAUGACAGCAUCGUUCACAUCGCUUUUACCAGCAUGCUGUUUUAAAUGGAAAGUCGUUUUGGAAGAACUUGUGAGCUUGUAGAGUAUUUUUUUUUUCUUUCAACCAUAAAACUUUAGUGUUCAUUAUUCCCCUUAUUUUUAUUUUUUUCCCUGCCCAGGGGAAGGGAUUAUCACAUUUCAUGCACUGAUCUAUCGCUGUUACUGUUAGACUUUGUUUAAGGAAGGAAGACAAAAGUCCAAAAACAGCACUUUCACGUGAAACAAUUGCAUUAAUUUAAUUGCAGUCAUUCUCUCCUGCACGACUUUUGUGACUUUUUUAUGCAUAUCAUUAAUACUAAGAGGUUCAUAUUAAAUAGUAGAUACAUUAAAUAGGAUUGGUCCGCUCUCCUGACUCGUCUGUUAAAAUUUGUAUUACCCAUGAACCAACAAUUGUGGGGGAUCUAUGCUUAGAACCAUGCGUUUUGCCGUUACUCCUUUUUUUCCUACUGGAAAAGUAUUAUUUAACCGAUAGUUUGAUGUUACUAUUACACUUGUGUCCCUAAACAGUUUGAUACAAUCCAAUCAAUGUAAACCAUAUUAAACUGUGCAGGGGUACACAACUGCGUGUUACCUACAAGGGGAGUGGUAACACACAGUUGUCACUAUUCUUACACUUCCAGGAAGUAUAACAGAGGAACGGGGAAACACAGAUUAGAUGCUCCAGAAUUGUUAUGUCAUGGGGAAAACAAGUAUUUCCUAAGACAGUCAGAAGAGCUUCUUUGAAAAGUGCUUUUGAUAUGUAAUUUUUAAAGGUGUGAUCAUUGUAAGGAUACAUGGUAAGGUUGCAAGCUGGCUUGGGGUAAUGAUCAGUUUUAAGGUGGCCAUGCACUUUAGAUGGCUGGUGGCCAAAUAUUAGUUCAGCUGGCAGCUACUACACUAGACUCCCGCAUACACAUGCACGCUUGGCUCAACUGAGCUUCCAUGUGUACUGAAUGGGGAGAGUGGGAAUAAGCUGCUCCCUGGCAUUGGCUUAUCUCCUCUGAGAGCAAAAGGAUCAGAUGUGUUGAAAUCAAACAGCCCGAUCCUUCCCCCAAUGUCAAGUCAGGACGCCCUCAUACUGAUCAGAUGAUCGGGCAGUCCUGCCAAAGGCUGACAUUAAUACUCUGUACAUGGCUGCCUUUAGACCACUCAGCCAUUCCACACCAAUGGUAGAUAUAGACUCUCUAAAUAAGGUUCGUAUUACACGACGGGCGUAUUAUGGCUGCAUGUCCCUGCCUAACCUUAGGUCUGAUGACCCAAACUGACAGUUCAGGUAGUCAGACCCCAAGUCAGGACAGGACUUGCAUCCGAAAUACCCAGGUGUGAAACUGGCCUAAAACUGAAAACAUUAACACAGGACUAACAUGCUGACCAGUAAUUGAAAAGAAAAGCAAAAGAAAAUAGGUUGGCGGCACUUUCCCCGCUUUUUAUAGGAUAAAUUUACCUUAUGUGUAAGGCCUCCUACAGCAGAGACUGCCAUCAAAAAGACUGUAUUGUAUAUGUAUGCAUUUGUAUAUACAUAUGUCUAGAUACAUUCUCCUGUGUCUAGAUAUAUAUUUUGUGUAUUAAUUUUUUCUCCCAUAUACUCACACAUAUGUGUGUAUAUAUAUGCAUGUGCCUGUAUAUAUAUAUAUUGUACAUAUGUAUGUGUGUGUAUAUAUAUAUAUAUAUAUAUGUGUGCGCGUGUUUGUACAUAGUCAUGACUUUCACAAAGCCAACACAAUCAGCUCUAGGAUGUAUAUCGAAAUAAAUUAAAUAUUUGCACCUAAUAUUUUUAUAUAGUUUUAAAUGUCUCUUCUGCAUAGUUAUUCAAGAAAUUAGUCCUUUUCUUGGUUGCUCUUCAUUGGGGGACACCUAUACUGAUGGGUAUAUGCUCUUGCCACUAGGAGGCGCUGACACUGGGAAAAGUUGGCUCCUCCCUGGCAGGAUAUACCCGCCCACUGGAAGUGAGGUAAUCAGUUUUAGCUAGUGUCAGUAGGACACAGGUCUUUUUUUUUUAUUAUUUUCUAGUAAGUGAUGUUUAGUUAGUUGUUUUUUUUUCUCUCCCUCUUGUUUCCCUUUUUCAGGUGGGGGUUUAGGAGCAUGGCGCUACCUGUUCCCCCAUAUGCGAUGAAGGGGCACAGACAUAAAGUACUGUCAACUCCUUCUCUCCAACGGCAAGCGCCUGGAGGUUGUACCCUGAGUCUGGGUCCUCCACUGCCCCUGCUCCCCCCGCUAUCUUAGCCUGGUAUGAUGCAGCAUGGCCAUAAGCUGGUUGAAGAUGCCUGGGUGAGUAUGAGAAGAUGGAGUCUGUUGGUGAGUAUGUUUAACAUCCCCCCCCCCCUUUCUCCCCCUCCCCUUCUGUACUCCGCUAGGGUUUCUCCAUCCUGAGGUCCCUUUUCUCCAGCGCCGGCUCCUCAGCCACCAUUGCACGUGGCUGUGCUGGGCUAACCUUGUGGCCUCCUGGUUAAGCUACCGCCAGCCUCAUCUGCAGCAAUCCUUAAACCCCCCACCCCAAUGCCCGCCCCCCCACUUUUACCCUGACAGGGGUUAAUCCUAAGGAUUAUUGGGGGUUGUCGUCGGGGGAUAUCCCUGACAUUUUUUAUUGGGGCUUUCGGGUGUGGGGGCUCGGUGGGCUGUGCGGCAGCUCAUUCUCUUGCCGCACAGCGGUACUGUACAUAUUUAGACAGCCGGCUCUGCUCCUCUGCUGGCCGUCUUUUUCGCUGCCCGCACUUCCACUUUCCUUUCAUUGGCACCAUUAUGUGCCUCUCAUGCUCCGCCCCUCUCCCUCACCUUGUUCCCGGGGUGACUGGAGGCCCAGCCAUUCGGCUCCGUCAUCUACCCGCAGCACCCUUGAUAUCCGCUGCUCCCUGCUCGGCAGUGACUGGGCACGCUGCAGGGGUCGGGGGCGCUCCGUCGGCAGUUCUCGGCCUUUCUCUCCCGGGGGUCCAGCGGGUUCUAGCCUCGGGGUCCCUGCGCAAUGCACUGCUUCCUGCUCUUUUUAUUUACAAAACAAAUAAAUAAAUCUUUCGUUUCUCAGACCAUGUUCUUACCCCCCUCUUGUGGCCAUUCAGUAGAUUGCAGCCUCUACUUUCUGGUCCCUUGUUUGGCUUCCCCUUGUGGCAGCAGACAGCUAUUGCAGUCUUUUGAUGUCUGCUAUUUACUUGUUUACUCUUGCUGGGUUUCCGGUCUGAGGACCUUAUAUUAAAUGUUAUUUUUUGGGGCUGCUUUAAUAUUUGCUUCCGCCACCCUGUUUUAUCACCUGAAGAGGCAAAUGUCUCUUCUCCAGCUCAGGGAUAUUGUGCGUGGCAUUUCUGCCAUGACAUGUCUGCCGCGCCCACAGACGCAUUCCAGCCCCUUCCCCAGGGCGAGACACCAGUGGGAUGCCCCUGCAGAUGCAUCUGCAUCCUUGACCUUAGCUGAGGGCCUUUCCCAGGUGUUUAGUUCUCUUGUGUCUUUAGACAUCAAGUGUCCGCUUUGUGGUCUUUAUUCCAUAGAGGGUGCUGUGAAACUGCAGUGGUAUCAAUUUUCUCCCACAGGUCCUUUAUAGGUCUUAGGGAUCUGUGGCUAGAGUGUUGGACCCCCCCCCCCCCCCACUUCUAAUGUUAGGUUUUCAAGCAUGUGUUCCUACGUGGACAUGGACUGGACCCAAUACCACAGACAGUGGUCUGCAUGGUUUCUUCUGCCGCCAGUCACUCAUCACAUGGCUGCCGCAUCCACGGCUGGAAUUGCGGCUCCCCAAUGCUAAUAAGUGGUGUCCAAAGGAGUGACCCAGCGUGUACAAUGGAUUUUGUGCAGGGCAACGGGGAUACCAACCACGGCUCCUUAGCCUCCCCUGAUCUCCCAGGAUGGCAGGGAUACUAUCCAUGGCCCCAGGCCUCCCCGCCCCUCCAUAUGCGACAAUAGGGCACCAGCGCCCGGGGGUGUUCUCUAUUGAUAAGACAGACUGUUGUCUGCUUGGUCUCCCAUCAUGGGGCUGCCGCAUGCUUGGCUUGAGUCCCUGUACCCCUCUUCUAAUGUGAGGAGUCCAGAAGGGUGUAGUAUAAGAGUACAAGGGGACCCUGUGCCAGUAAGCUGGACAGUGGUCUUCAUGGUCUCUACACAUCUAGGUCGCCCUUAAGGAGUUUCGGUCCCACUGCUGUGGCGCGGUGUCCGAAGAAAUGACCCUACGUGUCCUAUCGACCCUUUUCAGGGCGACAGGGAUGCAAUCCAGGGCUCCUCAACCUCUCCUGAUCUUCCAGGGUGACAGGGACUCUAUCCACUGGGCUGCCACGUGCUUGGCGGUGUUUUCCCAUACCUUUCUGGGUAGGAGGAUUCUGGACUAGGGUUCCUGCAAGUGCACAGGGAUGAUGCCAGUCAGCCAGACUUCAUCUGCAUGGUUUCCAGGACCACCAGGUUGCCCAUCGGAUCGGCCGCACUCCGGUACCCCACUUUCUGUGAGAGGGUUCGAAGGAGUUAUCCUGUGCAUUCAGGAAUCAGUCAGCCAUGAUUUACUGCUACGUUGGGUCAAGUACCAUACACUUCCUACUCCGUGGAGGAAAGUUCAGGUAUCCCACUGCUGAGGUUUAGUUCUGAGUAAGUCAACCCAUGUUGCUCCAUGUGCCCUAUGCAAUGCAUCACAUACUGGUUCGCAGGGUUCCCUGCUUUACCAGGUCCCUCUCUGCAUGUCUUCCUUUCUCACGGCUGAAGGCUGGUAACCCACUUUCAAUGUGUGCUUCUGACUGUGGGACCAGGUGUGGCCAUGGUCCCUAUGCCAUAUAGCCAGACUUUGUCUGCAGGGUUUCUAAUCCACCAGGUCACCCCUCCCUUUCCUGCCACUCCAGUCACUGCAUCCUGGUGACUCACUUUGGAUGUGAAGUUCCACGAAGUGUGUCUCUGUGGGUUCAUUGAACCUGUUAUACCAUUCAGACUCUGCAUGUUUCCAGCCCCACAUAUCUCCUUCAUCUCUUACAUCUGCGACAGCAGUCCUGGUGUGGGGCACCAUUAGGAAAUGGGGUGUGGGCGUUUCCUACAGGUUCCAUGGCUUUUCACAGCAACUGUAGCACUCUAUUCCCCUUUCUAAGAGUGCCACAUUGGUCUGCUAGGGGCAUAGUUGUGACACACAAUUGGGUGCUGAUCCUGUCUUUCAUACUGCGGACUUGGAUGUCUGCGAUUUCUUUUGUGUCUGCAAUCUUGGUUCCUCACUACUAUCAAGAGGUAUCCAUGUAUGUGUCCCUAUGUAUGUUAUGUCCCUCGGCACGUGUAGAGCCCACCUUCCCUUCUGUCGGUGGGGUGUGCUUUGGACCUUCCUGUAAUCUUGUUUGCACAGGUCUGCGCCGGUUUAGUACCUCUGUUUUUGCAUGGGGCCUGUUGGGGCGUCACAGGCAGGUAUCUUCAUGGAUUCCUGUGGAGGGUGGCUCAGGCGCCUGCUCGGUUGCCUUACUUGCUCCGUUGGUUUUACCCCGAUGGGGUGUUCCUCUCAACGCUGUUGGUUGCUGUGUAUGUGUGCUUCUUCCUUGCAUUUGUAGUCACGUCUUUACAUCUUUGCCCAGCUCCAGUGUCCAGAAUUCCGAUCCCUCUGGGGACACAAAUUGGCUCCUCUAUAUGUUCUCGCAGAGUUCCUGGGGGCUUUGUCCACCCAGUAUGGUCCCUGCUCCUACAGUGCCUGGUGCACUUUGACAAUCCUCUUUCCACAGGGGUACGGGGAUCAGGGAGCUUGACGUGGUCGGUGUGAGUUUAAUCUCCACCACCCCUUGUUUUCCCCUCCACUAGGGGGAUUAUUUUGCUGGUCGCUUUCUACUACCAAGAUGGAGUCAUCUCUCUCUUCCCACUUUAUAGGUGGGAUAUCUGGCUGGGCCCCUGUUUUUGCUGAGAGCCUUCAGUAGAGCUUUUCGAUGUCUCGGCCGGUGUGCUUACUGCCCACUAUUGCAUCCUGGCUCUCUUCCUGUUUCUUGGUUAUCUACUGCUGCUCAGGCAGCCUUGGCACUCACCUCUGUCGGAGGGGUUUCUGCUAUCUUGUGGCUUGGCGACAGCUGGUCUAGCCUCAGUCUGUCUUUUGGGUCCUGCCAUUGCUCUCCUCCCCCUUGGCACAAUCUCCCUGGUAGGGUGUGUUCCUUCUUCCCUUGACGGUGUCAGUAGCACUACACUGAUUGAACAGUUUUUUAGAGUUACGUUUCUGUGCCCAGAGCCUGGGAGUCCCAGCAGGGUUCCCUUUCGUUCCCCCUCCGUUCCCGUCCGGAUUGCCUUGUUCCGCUCCGACCGCUAGGGCCCAGGACCAGUUUGUCUCCUUGUCUUGGCCACUAUCCUGGGACGCUUUGGCGUGCCUUCUUCUCCAGGUUGGCCCUCCUGGUUCUUUGGGCCUUAGUGAUGGUUGAGGUCUCGUGCAUGUGUAGCUGUCCUGCCCAGAUUUCUCUGUGAUCUUAUUUAUGGGGCGGUCUUUCUGUAUCGCACUUCUUCUGUCUCUGCACGGAUCUUUGUCACCUGGAGCAUUUCUUGGACGUUGGGUUUCCUUACCCUUCGGGUGUAAGUCUUCCUGGAGACUCGGGAACCUCCAAUUCCCUUGUUGGCCGCUCGGGUGCUCCGGAUACUCCUUUUCAGGGUCUUCCGCUCCUUUCUUGGCCAUUUAUUCUUCUGUGUCCAUCUUCCAGGUAACUCGGGAACCUCCAUUUCCCAUGUCUGUCGCUCUGGUGUUUUCCGGGAUGCCCCUUUUCCGGACAUUCCGCUUCUUCUUGGCCAUUAUUCCCUUCCAUCUUCUCCUUCGGGGUCCAUGUUCUCUCGAAAUGGAGGGUGUUCCAGUCAUCCAGAUUACAACAGUUGAGCUAUGUCACCUCCCAGGUGCUCGCGGUGGGCUCCUGGAUAGGGGUUUUGGUUGUUGAGAGUUGAUUUCCUACCUCCUUCUGGGAUGGUUCUGGCCCCUCUGUCUUCCUAGUCGACCGUAUGUUUAGAGUCCCUGCAAAGGACGGUACCUUACUUUGGCGUCCCAGUCCAUCUCCAUGGCUGGGGGAUCUUCCGGGAGCCCUGUUUCUAGGCCUCGAUUUUCUCUGGCCUGGGGUCUUGUCUGUAGGCCUAACGGACAAGUGGGUUCAGUCUCGGGACUGUUCCCUUUUGAUAGUGGUUUGAUAGUUAUUCCCACCCUAGGGGACUGCUUUGGUACGUCCCAUCAGUAUAGGUGUCCCCCAAGGAAGAGCGACCGAAAAAGGAGAUUUUUGUACUCAUCGUAAAAUCUUUCUCGUAGCCUUCAUUGGGGGACUUCGCACCCACCCAUUUCUUCAUUUUUUGGCCGGAUAGUCUUUUCCGGUUCUCGUUUUUUUUUUUUUUUUUUUAUCCGAGAAUCUUUUCUAGGGUCCUUCGGACAUAUUUCUUUGUUGGCUUCUCCUACUGCUUUGUGACAAAACUGAUUACCUCACUUCCAGUGGGUGGGUAUAUCCUGCCAGGGAGGAGCAAACUUCUUUUCCUAGCGUUAGCGCCUCCUAGUGGCAAGAGCAUCAGUAUAGGUGUCCCCAAUGAAGGCUACGAGUGAGAGAUUUUACGGUGAGUACAAAAAAAAAUCUUUUUUUUUUUUUAUCCAUCAACCUGUCGAUCGGCCCCUUUAGCUUUACAUAAGCCAUAACUAUAAGUGAUCGGCCUCAAAGUUCACAGAUUAUUGGUAUCGGCCCUAAAAAAUCUAUAUUGGUCGAUCCCUAAUACAAAAUAAGAUAUGGGGGUGCUAGCAAUUUGUACAGAUGAACUGUACACUUCAGCAUUAUAUACUUCUCAAUCUAUAGGUACUUUAAUACACUGGUUGUUUAGACUUGUAGAUAUCAAUGGUGGGCAGACACACCUGAUGUUAAAGGGGUAUUCUGGCUUUAGACAUCUUAGCUGUCUGAUCGCAGGGGUCUGGCCGCUGGGACUCCCUGCUACCUCCGUGC